AGUUGCAACUUCGGCCCUUAUUGAUUGCUGCAAUUCAGAAUAGUCGCAACUUCCGCGCAAUGAGAUUGCUGCAAUUAGCUAGAAACCUUCAUACUCCAUCAAUCAUCUUCUCGACCCACCAUUCCUCAAUGUACGGUAGAUCUAGAAUUCCAAAAACAAGAACCCAGAGAAAGAGCUAGGUUUUCAAAUCUCCACAGCCAAUUUAUCCUCCCUUCUACACCGCCUGCUACUGCACCGCCGGCUACCGCACCGCACCGCCUGUAACAAUCGAUUGAGGACUCUCCUUCGCCGGCUACCGCACCGCACCGCCUGUAACAAUCGAUUGAGGACUCUCCUUCACUGGCUACCGCACCGCACCGCCUAUAACAAUCGUUUGAGGACUCUCCUUCGCCGGCUACCGCACCGCACCGCCUGCUACCGCACCGCCUGUAACAUCGGAAAAGGUUGUCUGUUCUUUUUCAACUCCCACCGCCAUUUAACACCGCUAACCUCAAGUACAACCCUCAAGUUGCAGAAAAGUGGAGGGAGAAAGACGAAUUCAUCUGGGCUCUCCGGCAUCUUCGGUUCAAGCAACUGCAAUUGGUGAAAUCUUUAUGAAGCGUCCUACUCAUGUUCAACCACCUCAUAGAAUUAAAAUACCAGGCAAUUGUUCUGUUGAUGCAUCAUUGAGUGGAUGGAGCCUGGGUUCAGACCCUACCACUCCUGUUGUAACAGAUUAUCAGGAUUUUGUUGCAGGAACAUAUAUUGGAGUGCAGGAGGUUAAUUCAGUUUCACCUCCAAAUCAAGUGAGUGCUCCUAAUACUGUUCAGUUUGGUUCUAUAAAAAGUACAACUUCAAACCUUGUGUCAAAAAAGAGGAAGAAACCACUCAGCUUCACUAGAGCUCGUUCAUAUGACACAAAAUCUUACUUUGGUUACUCGACCUCCAGUUGGUCUCAGAAGAGAUAUAAAAGUGCUGAUGAUAUUACUGCUCUGGUUGCUUCUACUCAGUUGAACCUUCCUAACCUUAGCACUAGUUUCAUUGAACGGGGCAAAAAACGUGUUCAUGAUGUUGGUACUGUAUCACCCUCAAAAAAAUCAAAAAACAAGUUUUCAUUGGCUGCACUUAAUGCGGAAGCUAUGCCUUCUUCCAACAAAUGAAGGCAGUUCUUUGGAACUGUAGGGGUAUCAAUGAACCGAAUACUCCUAAAUUACCAUACAUAUUUUGGCUUUUGCGUACAUAUAGUCCAACUUUCUUGUUUCUCUCAGAAACUAAAAUGAAUGUAUGUUGUGUAGUUGAUAAGCUGAAGUUGUAUUACCCUUCUUUUAGUUGUAGAUUAGAACCAGUAGGAUAAAGUGGUGGUUUGGUUGUUUUUGGUUGGAGUUCCUUUCCCAUCACUUGUGUAGUUAGUUCAACUCAUUUUGUACUUUGUAAAAUUGAAGAAUCUAGUGAAAUGAUCUACUAUGUGCUUUUCUUUUA